UCGGCCCGCCAUUUUACUACGCACAUCAUCUCUUUUUGGUCGGUCCGGUAACCAUGGUCAACAAAUGGCGGAUAAUGUGUAGAGAAUGAUCUGUCGUGUCUCCGUCCUUCACUUUUAAAAUGCCGGCGUGUGCAUCUAUAAACUGCACAAACAGACAACUACGAGGAUGUGGAAAGACAUUUCAUGUCUUUCCAUUCAGCCAACCCGAGAUUUUAAAGAAAUGGGUAAUCAGCAUGAAGCGGGACAAUUGGAGCCCUUCAAAGAAAAGUGUGCUUUGCUCCGAUCAUUUUGAGCAGUCAUGCUUUGAUAGAACGGGACAGACAACCAGACUCAAAGCAGGUGUUGUGCCAACAUCAUUUAAAUUUCCAGUGCACCUUCAGAAGUGUACAAAGAAAAGAAAGCAACCCAAGGAAAGACUUCUCCCACCGGAUGCUGACAUACAAUGUGCAAAGGAACCCAUGGCAGAAGAAAUGACUACCCCCAGUGAUAUUUCAAUCAUACAAACAGAUCACACAUACUUCACCAAGGAAAGUCCACGAGCUAUGAAGCACAAGUUGGAUGUCACAUCUGCCAAGCUUUGCGAGAUGAAGAAACGAUUGAAGGUCUCGCAACAGAAAACAAGACGCCUUCAUAAAAAGGUAGAUUCGUUAAAAACUGUUGUUAAGUCAUUACAGGACAAGCAACUUGUCUCUAAUAAUGGGGCUGAUGUAUUGUCAAAGACAUUUUCAGGUGUUCCGUCCGAGAUCAUGAAGAGAAUGAUGUCAAAUAAACACAGAGGAAAGGUCACUCGUGAGCAGUACCCACCUGUGCUUCGAGCUUUUGCAUUGACUCUUCAGUUCUACUCCACCAAGGCCUACAAGUACGUCCGUAAGUCAUUUGACUUAGCACUUCCACACCCCACAGUAAUUCGAAAAUGGUACAGUGGUAUCAAUGGGGAACCUGGCUUCACACAGGAAGCUUUCACAGCACUUCAGUGUAAGGUAAAGGAAGCACAAGCAACAAAGAUGGAAAUUCCAUGUGCACUGAUGCUUGACGAAAUGGCCAUCAGAAAACAUGUCUAG